AUGACUUACCAGUAUCCCCUUCGCCCGUCACAACCUGCCGACUACUCCUCUCUCCCUCGCCAGCCGUCCAACGCGUCAACAGUAUCAUCCGCGUAUUCAAAUACGCAUUCGGCAUCCUCGGGUGCCUUCGAGUUAAGUCGCACAAGCACCUUGUCAUCAACAGCUUCGAGCGGAUACGGAUACGGCCACAAGAGAGGGCUCAGCGAGGGGAGAGGUUUGAGACCGCCUGGGAUUGAAAAUAUACGUAGCGGGGGUAAUGGCAGUGUUGGAUCAAGCCCGGAUGCGCCUUACAAGAGCGUGAGGCAAUCGCUCCGACCACUCCCACAGCCUCCCGGCCCUUCACCUAUUGAGAAAAAUGAGAAUAGGAAUGCAUAUAAUCACUCUCGCGGCCAGAGUAUAGACAAUGUCAAACUUAUGCGCGAAGACUAUGCACCUACAUCUACACCAACCCCUAGGUCGCAUCUCUCAUCAAUCCGACCAAACUCGAUGAUACUCAGUCGCGCAGACUCUAUCAAUAUUGGGCCGGGAGCAUCUGGCCGUAGUCAGGCACUGCAGCACCACAGCCCACUAGUUGCACCAGAUCUCCAGAGCUUGCAGAAAUCAUCGACCAGCCAACUCCGCACGCUGUCCAAAUUUGCCGAGAAUGGGUCUGCCGAGGACUUUAACAUCACCUCUCCGGCACAAGAGGUAGUCGGACUCCACGGACGGCGAAGGUUGCAGCGAGCCGAUGCUGCGCCAGGUGGAAAGAGUGCUGUUGCGGCCAAUAGAGGUAAUGGUAGCUAUGCAUGGGAGGGCCGGAAUUGGAUGGACAAGCAAAGACAAUUUUUGCAAGCUUACGAAUACCUAUGUCACAUUGGCGAAGCGAAAGAGUGGAUCGAAGAUAUCCUACAACGUCCCAUACCCCCAAUCGUGCAGCUAGAGGAAGCACUGAGAGACGGCGUUACUCUCGCAGAAAUUGUUGAUGCUUUGUAUCCAGAGCGGCGGACUCGCAUAUUCCGCCAUGCAAAGUUACAAUAUCGGCACUCCGACAACAUUGCCAUUUUCUUCCGAUUCCUCGCCGAAGUCGAGCUCCCCGACCUGUUCCGAUUUGAGCUCAUUGACCUAUACGAGAAGAAGAACAUCCCAAAAGUCAUAUACUGCAUCCAUGCCCUUAGUUGGUUAUUAUUCCGGAAAGGCAUUGUUGAUUUCCGGAUUGGUAACCUUGUUGGUCAGCUGGAAUUCGAGCAUCAUGAGCUGGAAGCUAUGCAAAAGGGGCUGGACAAGGCUGGGGUCAGCAUGCCGAGUUUUGGAAAUAUGGGUGCAGAUUUCGGAGUAGAGCCUACCCCUGAACCAGAGCCAGUUGAGAGCGAAGAGGACCGCAUCGAUCGGGAACUUGGGGAGAAUGAAGUCGCAAUUAUCGAUCUCCAGGCCCAAAUUCGAGGCGCUGCCCUGCGCAUGCGUUGCACCGAUAUCAUGCAAGGGUUGUGGGACUCCGAAUUUCUCAUAGUCGAACUUCAAUCCCGGAUUCGCGGAGAAUUUGCAAGGCAGAUUGCGGAAUAUCGUCUUAACAUGCGUAGAUUUGCCGUCAAUUUACAGAGCGGUGCCCGCGGGUUCUUGGUGCGUCAGCGGCAGCUGCACCGGGAAUCAUUCUGGAAGAGCAGAGAGGGAGAUGUGUUGAAGUUGCAGAGCCUGGUUCGGGCAAAGAAAGCCCGUGAUGAGGUACGCAUAACAAGGUCCAUGUUGCGCCGUGAAGAGUUUGGAGUAAAGGAAUUGCAAGCCAGCAUUCGUGGAUAUAUUUCUCGGAGAUCUUUGCAAAGUCAAAAGAUGGAAACAAGGUCUCUGGCCGGGCCAGUGAUAGAAUUGCAAGCUGUUAUCCGGGCCAUGCUGCUAAGAAAUCUAAUCGCUGAUGAUCAUGAGGAGCUCUGGCGCGUAGAGAAUACUAUCAGGGCGAUACAGGCUUUCUCGAGGGCCAUGCUGACCAGAAAUCAGAUCUCUCGCCAGAGAGAAACACUCCAGGCCUCAGCACCAAUUUGGAGAGCUCUCCAGGCAGUAGUUAGAGGACAGGCGGCCCGAGGUGAAAUUCAGUCAACUAGGAGGGAGCUGGAGACUCACAGCGCGCUAUUCACGACUAUGCAGGCUUUCGGCCGUGCUGCCGCGGUGCGAAAUAGCGUAGCCGAGACCAUCUCCCGGUUGGGAACUGAGGAAUCAUCCAUAGUGCAACUCCAAACUCUUAUUCGAGGAUUGUUACUUCGGAAACAAGUAGCCUCUGACGAUGAAGCACUUGCUGCUCAAACUCGACAAAUCUGCCAGCUGCAGGCCCUAGCAAGAGGAUAUUUACAGCGACAACAGACUGGAAGUCUGCUUGAGGACCUUGAAUCUCACUCUUCUGAAAUCAUCCAAUUACAAGCCUUCUCCCGGGCUGUUCUUCUGCGAAAUGACAUCGCCAUGGUGCUUAGCGAAUUGGAUGCUGAAGAAGAAUCAAUUAUCGCCAUUCAAGCCGCAGCCAAGGCAUGCUUGGUGAGGGCCAAGUUUGCAGAGAAACAGCGCUUCUUCAAGGAGAACAUGAAAAAGGUUGUGAAGAUCCAGAGCUUUGUUCGUGGUCGAUUACAAGGGGAGGCCUAUAAGAGCUUGACGACUGGCAAGAAUCCUCCUGCAAAUACCGUCAAAAACUUCGUUCAUUUGCUCAACGACAGUGAUUUUGACUUCAACGAAGAGAUUGAGUUUGAACGAUUACGCAAGACCGUGGUACAGCAAGUUCGCCAAAAUGAAACGGCAGAACAGUAUAUUGAUCAGCUGGAUAUCAAAAUCGCAUUACUAGUCAAGAACAAGAUAACCCUGGACGAAGUUGUCAAGCAUCAAAGGAAUUUUGGCGGACAUUCUGGGAAUCUUCUCGUCAACACCUCCAUGGCUUCUGGAAACCAAUUCGACUUGAAGGCGUUGAACAAAAAUUCAAGAAAAAAACUGGAAUCUUACCAACAGGUGUUUUUCACACUACAAACCCAACCGCAGUAUCUUGCACGCCUCUUCAAGCGGAUCCGGGAGCAGGGGACGGCUGAAAAGGAAUGCAAGCAGAUAGAGACCUUGAUGAUGAGACUGUUCGGGUAUGCUCAGAAGAGAAGAGAGGAAUAUUAUCUCCUGAAGCUCAUCGCUCGAUCAGCAAAGGAGGAAGUGGACGGUGUGACCUCAAUCCAAGAAUACCUGCGUGGCAACUUCUUUUGGAGUAAACUCCUAGCCAACUACACCCGCUCGCCACGAGAUAGGAAAUAUCUCCGCGAACUCCUUGGACCUUUGAUUCAGACGAACAUCAUUGAAGAUCCUGCCCUCGAUCUGGAAAGCGACCCCAUGCAGAUUUAUCGCUCCGCAAUCAAUAACGAGGAACUUCGGACUGGAAGACCUAGCCAGAGAAUGUUAGAUGUUCCCCGGGAAGUUGCUAUCAAAGACCUGGAAACGCGAGAUAUGUUUAUCGAUCAUCUAAGGGAUCUUCGCGAGAUUUCCGACCAAUUCCUCUUGGCCUUAGAAGCUCUCUUACAUAAAAUGCCUUACGGUAUUCGAUUUGUGUGCCAGCAAGUCUUCGAGGCUCUCUGCCAACAUUUUCCACGCGAGCCUCAGCACCAUCUUCUCCAAAUAAUCGGCCAUUGGCUAUGGAAGUUCUAUCUCCAGCCUGCCUUAACAGCUCCCGAGUCUAUGGGCGUUAUCGAAAAGCAGCUUACACCUCUACAAAAGCGUAAUUUGGGCGAAGUCGCGAAAGUCUUGAGUCAGGUUGCAUCAGGACGCCUUUUUGGGGGGGAAAACGUCUAUCUCCAACCUUUGAACGCAUAUGUGGGAGAUGCUAUCGAACGAAUGCGUCUGAUCUUCUCAAACAUUGUAUCUGUUCCCGAUGCUGAGAGUACCUUUGAUAUAGACGAGUUCAAUGAUCUAUACGCUAAGUCGAAGCCCACUCUCUACAUCAAGAUGGCAGACAUAUUUUCUAUCCACAAACUGGUUGCGGCGGAUCUAGCUUUCUUGUGCCCUAAUCGAGACGAUAUGCUUAGGGAAAUGGUACAAGAACUCGGUAGCGCGAAGCACAACGAAACUGAGAUGUUAGGGGUAGCAUCCGGAGAGAUUCAACUAACCCUUAAUCCAAAGUUACACGACGUUGAAGAUCCCGAAGCAGAGGCAAAGGCUCUCUUCAUGGAAACUAAGCGCUGCAUAUUGUAUAUCAUCAGGGUGCAGUCGGGUCCGAAUCUCAUGGACAUUCUGGUUCGGCCAAUCUCCAGAGAAGACGAUCAGAAGUGGCACGCCUUGCUUCGAGAAGAAUUCGCCGAGGGCAGCCGAACUCGUGGGGCUUACUCGGAUGCAAAUACUCUGGUCGAUAUAAAAUCCAUGUCAUACAAGGAAUUGAAACGAACAGCGCUGGAGAAUAUCAUGAGACUUGAACAAUUUGGACGCAUUUCACGGCACAACCACUACCAGGAUAUUUUGAACGCUAUCGCACUUGAUAUUCGCACCAAGAGCCGAAGACGCGUCCAGCGACAACGUGAACUUGAAGGCGUGCGACUCACCCUAGGAAAUCUCGGCGAGAAGGCUGACUGGCUGGAGUCUCAGAGGAAAAGCUACGACAAUUAUAUUGAACAGGCCAUGAUGACUCUACAGAAGAAGGGCAAAAAACGUUUUCUCAUGCCCUUCUCCAAGCAAUACAACCACGAAAGGGAACUCGAGCGCUCUGGUCGCAAACCCAAAUUCGGCUCUUUCAAAUACUCAGCCCGAACACUUUCAGAUAAAGGCGUCCUCGUAUCAUGGAAAGGCUACAGUGACCGGGAAUGGGACAAGAUUAAUUUGACGAUCUCUUGCGACGAGGUCGGUAUCUUCUUCAUCGAAGGGAGCAGGGCCAGUAUACAAAUCCCUGGCGCGAGCGCACAGGUCCCAAUGGAUAGCCUUCUGGCCGCGCAAUUUGCCAAUAAUCAGUACAUGGAUUUGUUUGAAGGGGGCAUGAGGCUCAAUGUUAAUUUGUUCCUGCAUUUGUUGUACAAGAAGUUCUACCGGACGGAAUGA